AUCCGGCUACGCCGAGUUGGCCUUGGCUCUGCCCUUCUCGCAGGAGGCGGGAGGUGGAGCAUCUGGGGCCAAGACCAUGCCUAAGAGCGAGAGGUGUUCAGUGCAGCAGAGGCCCCUGGGUUUGGGAUGAAAGGAGCAGGGCAGAUGCAAAAUCUGGAGCGCGCGGGGGCUGGGCGGUCAGUCAGCACACAGACUGGCAGCAUGACCGGUCAAAUACCAAGGCUUUCUAAAGUCAACCUUUUCACUCUACUCAGUCUGUGGAUGGAGCUCUUCCCAGCAGUAGAAGCCCAAAGACAAAAAUCUCAGGAAAAGGAAGAGGGAAAGCAUGGACCCUUAGGAGAUAAUGAGAUGGCCAGAGUAUCUACUGACAAAAAACAGGUGAAGAAAACUGGUCUUGUGGUGGUGAAAAACAUGAAAAUUGUUGGCCUUCACUGUUCAAGUGAAGAUUUACAUGCUGGGAAAAUUGCUCUUAUAAAACAUGGGUCAAGGCUGAAAAACUGUGAUCUUUAUUUUUCCAGAAAACCAUGUUCUGCUUGUUUGAAAAUGAUCGUAAAUGCUGGAGUUAACCGAAUUUCAUACUGGCCUGCUGAUCCAGAAAUAAGUUUGCUUUCUGGAGCUUCUGGUUCUGAAGAUGCAAAGUUAGAUGCCAAAGCGGUGGAGAGAUUGAAGUCAAACAGUCGGGCUCACGUGUGUGUCUUACUUCAGCCUUUGGUGUGUUUCAUGGUUCAGUUUGUAGAAGAGACCUCUCACAAAUGUGACUUCAUUCAAAAAAUUUCAAAAACGUUGCCGGAUGCUAAUGUUGACUUUUAUUCCGAAUGUAGACAAGAAAGAGUAAAAGAAUAUGAAAUGUUAUUUUUGGUUUCAAAUGAAGAACUGCAUAAGCAAAUUCUGAUGACUAUAGGUUUGGAAAACCUAUGUGAAAAUCCAUACUUUAGCAAUCUGAGGCAGAACAUGAAAGACCUUAUCCUCCUUUUGGCCACAGUAGCUUCCAGUGUGCCCAACUUUAAACACUACGGAUUUUAUUCUGGCAAUACCGAACAGAUUAAUGAAAUUCACAAUCAAAGUUUGCCACAAGAAGUUGCAAGGCACUGCAUGGUGCAGGCCAGGUUAUUAGCAUAUCGAACUGAGGAUCAUAAAACAGGAGUUGGAGCAGUCAUUUGGGCAGAGGGAAAAUCUAGAAAUUGUGAUGGAACAGGCGCUAUGUACUUCAUAGGCUGUGGUUAUAAUGCUUUCCCUGCUGGAUCCGAGUAUGCUGACUUCCCAAACAUGGAUGACAAACAGAAAGACAGAGAAAUAAGGAAAUUCAGAUACAUCAUACAUGCAGAACAGAAUGCCUUGACAUUUAGGUGUCAAGAAAUAAAACCAGAAGAAAAAAGUAUGAUUUUUGUGACAAAGUGCCCAUGUGAUGAGUGUGUCCCUUUAAUUAAAGGUGCAGGGAUAAAACAAAUCUAUGCAGGGGAUGUAGAUGUUGGAAAAAAGAAGGCAGACAUCUCUUACAUGCGAUUUGGGGAACUUGAGGGUGUUAGCAAAUUUACAUGGCAGCUGAAUCCAUCAGGAACUUGUGUUCUUGAACAAAAUGAGCCUGAAAGCAGAGAGAAUGGUGUGGUGAGACCCAUCCUUCCGAACGAAGAACAGCACCAAAACAAGAAGCUGUGUCUUGGGAACCACUAAGAAGUCCUGUCUAAACUGGAGCGAAGGCCUCAAGAAUUUUUAUUGCACUUUUAAAAGUCAGCCUUGUUAACACAGAAAAUAAGGAUGGAUUUUGUGAAUAGUUGGAAAAAAUAUUUUAAGAAAGCUUAUUUAUUACUAGCUUAUGAAUGAUGUUAAUGAGAAUAUUUUUAUUUGAGGUUUAUUUGUGUGUUUUCCAGAAAAAAAUGCUGGUUUUUUUAUUACACUAAAUGAGGUAGCAGUAAUUGAAUGACACCAGUUUAAUUGCCCAUAGGGAGUGAUUUCUUCAUGUCUUAGCUUUAUAUGACCCAGUAUGAAAGGGGUUGGUUCACUGGAGGUCACACCUUAGCAGAGAAUCACACACUUUUUAAGAAAUAUUAAUUCCUUUGGAUUACAGUGGUAACAAUUAGUAAACUACUCCAGGGAAAUAAAUGACAACUUGGCCAUUUUUAAGAGUCAGUGUAUGGAUCACCAAAAGUUCACAUUUAUACUCAAAGCUUGCUAAUAAUCAGAAUUUCUUUAACUAAGACUGAAUCAUAAAAACAAAGUUGGCGGACCUGAGCUUCAUUAUUAAAAGUAUAUUUUUUAAAAUGUUAUUAAAUCUUCCAAUAAGUAGAAAUUACAACAAUUUGUAGGCUAUUACAUCACUGAUUUGGGGUAGCAAUAGUAAAAUAUUAUUUUGAGACGGUAUUAAUUCUAUAGCACUAACUCGAAAUCACUAACAAUGAACCUUAAAUUUGGUUUUGAUCUUAACAGAGAAGAAAUAUUUAGUUUGCAAUAUUAAAACUAAUUUUUCAGAAUUCCAUUAAUAGACGCUGCCCAUUUUUCCCUUCAUCUAAGUAAUACAGAAUAUUUCAUGGUUUUGAAUGCAAGGCCUUUUAACAACAUUUGCAAACCUUAAGAAUACUGAGUCUUGAAAGUAAACUUUAUGGUCAGUUCAGUUACAUUCCAAACAGCCCUUCAGGAGUCAUCUCAUUUUUUUUUUUUUUUUUUUUGAGGAACUUUCAGAAAAUUAGUCCAAAGAUGAAGUUUCCUGUUUUAUGCUUUCUUAGAGUUGGGCAGGGAGUUGCAGUGGCCCGUGGACCUCAGGCCUGGGGUGGGACGUUCUGUGGAAUGACUGUGGAGAGAGGUAGUCAGGUUGGCCUCUGCUGUCCUUUCCUUUCCAUGAUAUUGCAUGGCUUCACGAGGCCUUUUACCGGUUUCUCAGAAGUGCACAGGACAAUCCAAGAGUUGACCAGAUGCCCUUGCUUGUACAGCAGGUUGCUUAGGUCCACUGGGAAUUCAAAGUCAUCAUACCAGGCAGUUAAGAACUGCCAUAAACAUUUUAACACAAGACUAGGGAGUGGGACAGAGAGGGAAGAGACGAGAGGAGCCCUUAGAGAUAACCAAUGCUUAAGCUCUUUAAUAUUUACCAACAUGAAAACACUGAGAUUUGCUUAUAUCUCCCCAACUGCUUUUGCAUGUUAAUCAUAUGUGCUUAAGUUUUUCUUAGAUUUACUGUUUUUUACUAAUAUGUCAACUACAUCAAAUAUUUUCUAAAUCAAUUAGUAAAUAUUUUGCAAGACCCAAAGUCCUGGAAUACUGCCAAGUUUAUAGAUAUAUGUGUUGGGUUUUGGGGGUGGAAUUAUCAGUAGGGAGAAACAUACAAAUGGGAAAAGCUAUGAUUAGGAAAUAAAAAAUUGAUACUUCUAUAGCACUAUUAAAAUGGUCAUAAUAAUGCCAUUUUCCUCUGCA